ACUCAACAUGGUUGUCGUUGCUGUGGCUGGAGGCGCUGGUGGCAUAGGCGGCGCUAUCGUCGACACACUGCGUCCAAACCCUCACCAUAAGAUGAUCAUUCUAACUCGCAAGAUCCCAGAUACACCUCGAGGCUCAGAUACCUUUAUCACUCUCGAUUAUAGUGAUGUCGACUCAAUGGCAAAGGCCCUUGACGACAACAAGGUCCACACCGUCAUAUCAGCCCUGCGUGUCUUUGAUCCGGCUUCCUCUGAGGCCGAGACCAACCUUGUGAAGGCGACGGCCCAAGCCAACACCCCCAAGCGCUUCGUAGCUAGCGCCUGGGGUAUCGAAUAUGCCGACACAACACUGGUUGGCCAAGCCCGGGGACGCACUUUAGUUGAACUGCGAGCGACAGAUCUCGAAUGGACUCGUUUCGACAACGGUUUCUUCAUCGAUUACUACGGUCCGACGUCGUUGAAAUCUUACAUGAAGAGGGUUGCUUGGGCUAUCGACAUCUUUGUGGUUGCGGCUUUGGAUCUGCCAAAGUGGGAGGAGUUGAUGUAUUGUUAUGGAGAAAAGACAACGUGGAAUAAGGUCCUCAAACAAGCGGAGGAGGCUACAGGUUGCGAGUUUGAUGUCUCAUAUGAUCCUCCCGAGAAGCUGGAGAAGGGAGAAGUUGCUAAACUCCCUUCCAAGGAGGACGCGGCCGAUCUCCCUCAGAAGGUGCUGGAAGGCCUCAUGUCCCUCUGGGGCCUCUAUGUACUGGAGGGCAAGUACGAUAUGCUGACGGAAAAGUCCCUGAACAAGGUCUUCCCAGAUAUCCAGCCUUUGAAGGUUCUCAGCAUCGGGGGUCCCUUGCCAGAUGCAGCCACCGAGGCCGAUUUGGCGCCAGCAGGGACCACAGCGAGAUGCAGUGGAACUUCAAAUUCUGAGCACCAUGAGAACCUCAUAUGGGCGUUUGACGGGAUACCAGCCGUCGACGCUUUCAGGGAACUAGACGUGGACUUUACCAUGCUCUACAUGGAUCAGGUGUUCCCCUUUCUAUUUCCCUUCUACGCUCCUCCGAUGAUACAAGGCGGACGAGCCUGGGUGCUGGAUAUACUGCGCCACAACAAGACGAUGUUCCAUGCGGUCAUGAGCCUCAGCACCUUCUUCUUCACCCUCAACUUGUCAAGCGAGGACGUCUACGAUUACCAAACGGAGGUACUGGCCAUGAACCAGCUGGCAUACACGACAUUGCUGCAGCGAUCCCGCGCCAUGGAGAGCAUCACACAGCCAAUGGUUCUCGAAAUGGUCAUGGCAAAAACAAACGAAUCGAGUAUGCAUCUGGCCGCUGCUACCUCUCUGUUUGAAGAUAUUCUCGAGGCCAGCAAGGCACCCCUCACCAGCCAACGCUCCGUCUGGAACACCGAACAAGCCGCUCUCCACUUCUUCUUUGCCAUAUUGCUAUGGGCAGACAUUGUCUCAUCUACCUCCCUACAAACAGCCCCUCGCCUACGGAAGUACUACCCCAACCUGAUAUGCCACGACUACGGCGGUGUUACUACAGAACCUCUCCUGCGGAUGGAGGAAUACGUGGGCUGUGAGGGCUGGGCACUAAUUGCCAUUGCCGAGACGGCGGCACUCGACGUUUGGAAAAGGGAGGAACAAAUAAACGGCACAUUAAUCGGUGAGGCCCUCGCCAAGCGGGGAGCCCAGAUCGACAGGGUACUUCAAGACGGCCUAAGAGGACUUGAGGAGCGAUGCAGAAAUCGGGAGAGGCAACCUCGCCGCAUCCUGCAGGGCUUCUAUCGAUCCAGCGACGCAAACCAAGCCGCCAAGCAAGCCGCAGCGACCCGCAUCUGGGCACACGCUGCGCGAAUAUACCUCGCGGUAGUGAUGCGCGGGUGGCAGUCAGACCACCGCGAGAGUGCAGGUGAGGUGCUACGCCUGCUCCAACAGCACGAUGACCCUGCGAUCUUGCGCAGCUCCGUGUGGCCAUUCUGCGUGGCCGGGUGUGUCGCCGAUGCAAACCAGGAGAAGGGGUUUAGGGAUCUGGUGGCGGCUUCCGGGUCAUUACAGUCUUUUGGCCGGGUGGGAGAGUCACUCGGGAUUCUAGAGCGUGUUUGGAGCAGACGAGGAGAGUUAAGUGUGGAGUGGAUUUUGACUGCCUGCUUUAGCAUAAUGGGUGCUCCUGUCCUGUUACUAUAAGGCCCGCUCAGCCCUAGCCUCUAGAUCCUGUCAGUCUUCUCUUGUACAUACAGCCGUCGUGUAAAGGAGCCUUGUCACUGUUGUUUUAUAUGAGAUGGUAGUAGUGCGGUUGUUGCAGGUAAUGACUGUAGCAGAUAUUUAAAGACAUAAGAACUUGAUUUUGAUACCUAUAGAGAAUCACCUACAUACACGCAUAGAUAACGCUAAAAGAGCCUUAUGGGCUUGCAGAUAACAAGCAUACCCCAAUUUAUCAUUAUUUAUCAAGG